CCGGAGGGCCCCGCGUCCUGCCUGGUUUUAUUCAGGGUAUUCAGGUGCGCGGCAAGACGCGGGCCGCGCCGCCGCUGUCCUUCCGGGCGCGGGGAUCUUGGUUACUGGGAGUGGGGCACGGCUGAGCCGGCUUAGUUCCGGCCACUUUGGGUGGAAUCUGAAGACUGAGAGUGGAUUUUCGCUCAGAGACGCGAAGACGGAGCACGCAGGCAGGGUGGGCAGAGCCCAGGACUGAGCGAGACUUUCUGAGGCUGCUUCUCCCCAACGCUACACUGGAGGGAUGAAGAAAUGUUGCAGGUCUAGAAAUCACAAAUGUCGUCAAAUGAUGGAAGAUCCAGGAAUCGAGAUAGGCACUAUGAUGAGGUCCCAAGGGACUUGGCCCAUGAAAAUGGCACCAUAAGAACCAUCCAGACUCUUCGUGACAGUGAGCUGGCUGUGAGCGCUGAUCCUUUGCCACCGCCCCCUCUCCCAUUACAGCCACCAUUCGGCCCUGACUUCUACUCAAGUGACACAGAGGAACCGGCCAUAGCACCAGAUCUCAAGCCUGUAAGGCGCUUUGUCCCUGAGUCCUGGAAGAACUUCUUCAGAGGGAAGAAAAAGGACCCAGAAUGGGAUAAACCAGUGUCAGACAUCAGAUACAUCUCCGAUGGAGUGGAGUGUUCACCUCCAGCCUCUCCAGGGAGAGCAAACCACCGUUCACCCCCUGACUCCUGCAGAGAUCCUUACGGAGGGUCAGGAGGAACCUAUAAUUCCCGGAAAGAGGUUGAGGCCAUGCUUCCCCAGGAUCCCUAUGGAUCUGUAGGCCGACACACACAAACAGCUCUAACGUACAGUGAGAAGAUGGAGGCGUAUAACCUGAGGUAUUCCUACAUGAAGUCGUGGCCUGGCCUCCUGAGGAUUCUGGGUGUGGUGGAGCUACUCCUGGGGGCCGGCGUCUUCGCUUGUGUCACAGCUUACAUUCACAAGGACAGUGAGUGGUAUAACAUGUUUGGCUAUUCCUCGCCCACUGCCAUGGGAGGCAUUGGUGGCCUGGGCAGUAUGUAUGGGGGCUAUUACUACAAUGGCCCCAAAACUCCUUUUGUACUCGUGGUUGCUGGAUUAGCUUGGGUCACCACCAUUAUUAUUCUGGUUCUUGGCAUGUCCAUGUAUUAUCAAACCAUUCUUUUGGACUCUAACUGGUGGCCCCUAACUGAAUUUGGAAUUAACGUGGCCUUGUUUAUUUUGUAUAUGGCUGCAGCCAUAGUCUAUGUGAAUGAUAUCAACCGAGGUGGACUCUGCUACUAUCCAUUAUUUAAUACGCCAGUGAAUGCAGUGUUCUGCCGGGUGGAAGGAGGACAGAUAGCAGCGAUGGUCUUCCUCUUUGUCACCAUGAUUGUUUACCUCAUUAGUGCUUUGGUUUGCCUAAAGCUGUGGAGGCACGAGGCAGCUCGGAGACACAGGGAAUACAUGGAGCAACAGGAGAUAAGUGAGCCAUCAUUGUCAUCAAAAAGGAAAAUGUGUGAAAUGGCCAUGGGUGGUGACAGACAGAGAGACCAAGAAGUUAAUUUCAAAGAACUGAGAGCAACAAAAAUGAAACCAGAAGUACUGAGUAGACAUAUCCCAGCGGGCCACAUACCGAAACCUGUCGUGUUGCCUGACUAUGUGGCAAAGUACCCUGUGAUUCAGACGGAUGAUGAGCGAGAACGCUAUAAAGCUGUGUUCCAAGACCAGUUUUCAGAGUACAAAGAGCUCUCUGCAGAAGUUCAAGCCGUGCUGAGGAAGUUUGAUGAGCUGGAUGCAGUGAUGAGCAGGUUGCCACAUCAUUCGGGAAACCAGCAGGAACAUGAGAGAAUUUCAAGAAUCCAUGAAGAGUAUAAGAAAAAAAAGAGGGAUCCUACAUUUCUGGAAAAAAAAGAACGCUGUGAUUAUCUAAAGAAUAAACUUUCUCACAUAAAGGAAAGAAUUCAAGAAUAUGAUAAAGUAAUGAAUUGGGAUGUACAAGGUUAUUCUUAAACAUUAUUUGGAACCACUUUUUAAUAUGAAACUUCAUAUUUAUUUACUCUUUUUUAUGUUAGUCUCUGUGACAGAGAAGCAAGUGCUUCCUGAAUUAGUGUCUAGUUGGUUUAGCUGGUAUGCAAUGUUAAAACUAUGAUUUCACGUCAACAUUUCAGAAAGAGUGGAGGAAGUCCUGUAUUCAUCUGUGUACAGUUUAUGUUGAAAUUAAAAGUGAUUUAGAGAUCACAUUCUCAGGUGUGAGAGCGAGUAGAGUAUCAGUUCUGGUGCUGUAGAGUAUCAAUUUUACCUUUUUGACUCAAGUGGGUUCUUAAGAUUUUUUUAGGACAAACUUCUCUUCCUGGCAGCAGGUGUCAUUGUUUUCCCUUGAAAGGGGUUUGGAUGCAAGAUAAACAUUUUGAAGCCUGAUCAUCUUGGGCAAGUUGCUUAAUCUCUCUGUGCCUAUAUCUUCAUCUAUAAAACAGGGCUAAUAAUAGUACCUACCUCAUAGAGUUGUUAGGAGGAUUAAAUGAGUUAAUAUUUGCAAAGUACUUAGAACAGAGUCUGGCACAUUGUUAGCACUACAUUGUUGUUUGUGAAAUCUGUGGAAAUGUUUGUGAAGUGAAUAAACUACCUAGAAUGUCUCGAGGAAAGAUCCUUAAUGAGCAACCCUAACCAGCUAACCAAAAAGCCAAGUGUCUCAUGACCCCUUUGGGCUAUUAAUAACUAACCGUACGUAGCCUUAAGCAGAUGCUUCCCUGUAGUUUUGUGCCCACUGGGGUCCAACACAGACUCCCCAUCUUUAAUGAGUAUCACUGUGCACACACCUCCACAGCCCAGCCGUUCCUGUACACGUCACAUCACACAGGACUGUGUGAAUGUUACUGCAUUUUCUCUCUUGUUCAGACUUUUAUCCUCAGGCCCCAUGACAAUACCUUUACUUAGAAUCCCCCUUUCAUUUACUGGGAAGCUUCAUCGUCCCAAGAAUUAUCUUGGCUUUGGGACUUUACUCAAGAGAAAUGUUUUAUUUUUAUUAGUAUGAACAAUGAACUGCCUUAAAAAGUUUAAAAAAAAAUUGUUAUUGGAGGCUGUACAGCAGCACCGGUCUUGUAAUUCCCCAGGUAUAGAAAUACAAUUUCUGCUUAAUAUACCUGCCAUGCAAACAGUCGAUAUUCAAAGAAUUUUCUAAAGUGAAACCACAGAAAAACAUGGAAAAGCAGAGGGUUAAAAAGUGUUGGUUCCUAAAUGAACCUCCUAGUUUUCCUUUGUCAGUGAAAUCUGACUGUGUGUGGUUAGUAUUUUAAUGCCGUGGUCCUCUGACUGUGCAUAGGACCCUGAGAGUCUUAGGGGGCGACCCGAGGGCAGCGUGAGGCCCCUGGAAGCCCGCCGCAGCUAGAGCAGCUUCGCUUUCUGUUUUAUGAGCUGGGCCCCGUGCUCACAUCUCACUUAA